GGCCUGUGUGCUGUUGGCAUGCAUAACUGACACUGAUCACAUCUUUGAGACAGCAUAAUUCUGCACCUUUCAGUUAAAGAAAAAUGCAUCAUCAUAUGUUUUACCUGCUUGGGAUCAUUGCAGUAUCUGGUUUCAUUGAUGCAUAUUCCACACAAGCCAAAAACCUCGCUCUCUAUGGAAAAGCCACACAGUCAUCCUUGGUUGAAAACCCCUAUGCAGCAUACGGUCACGCCUACAACGCUAUAGAUGGAAAUAUUGAUUCAAACUUUGGCCACGGGUCGUGCACUGCCACCAGGUGGCAACAAAACCCCUGGUGGAGGGUGGACCUUCUGGACGAGUACACAGUGACCUCCAUCACCAUCACUAACAGAGGAGACUGCUGUCCAGAGAGGAUCAACGGAGCUGAAAUAUGCAUCGGAAACUCUUUACGCAAUAAUGGAAAUGAUAAUCCACGAGUGGAGGUGAUUUCCUCCAUUCCUCCAGGAAGAUCCUUCACCUUCCACUGGGAUAAAGGGUUCUCAGGACGUUAUGUAAACAUUAUCAUACCUGGAAAUAACCGGCUCUUGACUCUCUGUGAGGUUGAAGUCUAUGGAUAUCCCACUCAGCGUGGAGAGAACGUAGCACUGAAAAAAGCAGCUACACAGUCCAGCCUUUAUGGUACUGGUUUGGCAUCUAAAGCCGUUGACGGAAAUCGAGAUGGUGUGUACAAUCACGGUUCCUGCACACACACGAACAACGACCUUGGUCCGUGGUGGAGGCUGGACCUGCUGAAACAACACAGAGUGUUUUCCAUCACCGUCACUAACAGGCAGGACCAGGUUCCCGAAAGGCUGAAUGGAGCUGAAAUCAGAAUUGGAGACACUCUGGACAACAACGGCAACAACAACCCAAGGUGUGGUUUGAUCCCUAACGCAAGUCACACCCCUUCUGUGACCUUCCAGUGUAACGGGAUGGUGGGACGCUACAUCAACGUUGUGAUUCCAGAAAGGAAGGAGUAUCUCUCUCUGUGUGAGGUGGAGGUGUUUGGAGUUCCUCUGGUCUGAAGAGUCUCUUGGCCUUUAUUUUGCUAAUUCUCAGUCAGUUGUUAGCCGUGAUUGCACUUCAACUGAAAUUAAAGUCUGGAACUUGUUUGAUUAUUAA